UUUGUCUGAAGAGAAGGGGGCACACAAGUAAGUGCUUUGUCAGAUUUCGCGUGCAUUUCUACAGAAAAAGCUUUACACACCUUUCUCUCUCUAUCUCGCCUUCUUCCUCUUCUCUCUUUCAGUUUUUUGGCUCCUUUCUCCAUUUUUUUUCUUUACUUUUCUCAGUUUCCAAAAUACAAGAAAGAAGAAAGCAUCCAUUUUUAUAACGAGAGGUCACUGUUUGAUCGCUUAAGAAAAAGAACAAAGUAGAAUCUUUUAUCAUCAACCUGAUCUGAGUCGUGCUUAAUUCGAAGAAAGGUUUCUGAUCUGUUUUGGUUUGUAGCGCCAUUUUGUGUUCAUGGGGUUUAAAGUUGAAGAACACAGCUCAUACUUUUGAUUUUAUCUAAUUUUGUGGGGCUCUGUCAAGACUAAAGAGAGAGAAAGAGGAGAGAGAGAAGAUAAAUUUACACGAUUAUAUAGCAAUUAGAUUUUCUGGUGAUGGCUCAUGAUUAGGAGAGCUUCAAAAAACUGAAGUUGGCUUCUGAAGAAGAAAAGAAACAGAGAUUUACUACCAAACGACGACGCUUUAUAGCCAUCGCCCAUAAACCCAACAAAGACUCGAGCUUUGGAUUCGUUUGUUGUUGUUUAUUUCACAGUGGACGACUAAAAUAAAAAGAGAUAAAAAGGGUUUCACGUGUUUCUGUGUAUGUGAAUGUGUGAAGCACUUUGAAAAAAGAGAAGAAUUUGAUUAUUAAAAAAGAGUUUAUCUGUGUGUGUUUGUGUCAGUAAAUUCGAGCUUUCAAGUGGGUGUUUUGUGCAUCUCUAAGUUUUCUCUUUUAUAUCAAUUUUUUUUCCCUUUUCUCAAUGUUUUCUUUGAGAUGUGAGACUCCAUUAACAAUGUUUCCUUAAGUGUCUGUGAGACCCUUUUUCCUUCCAGAGUCUUUCAUUCUCUGUUUCUGACUCGGGAAGCAUUCUUGGGAGAGUGGAAACACAGUUUACAGUUUUGAGUCUUUUUAGCUUUCUGUUUGAGAUCUCUUCACUAAUUCAAGACCAUGAAGUUCAUGAAACUUGGAUCCAAACCUGAUUCGUUUCAAUCUGAAGGAGACAAUGCAAGGUAUGUAUCAAGCGAUUUAGCUACAGAUGUUAUUGUAGUCAUUGGCGAUGUCAAAUUCUAUCUUCACAAGUUUCCAUUGCUGUCGAAAAGCGCACGCUUGCAGAAACUAAUCGCAGCAACAUCAUCAACAAACGACGACAAUCAGAUUCAUCAUCAAGAAGAUGAGAUUGAAAUAGCAGAGAUUCCUGGUGGUCCUGCUUCGUUUGAGAUCUGUGCUAAAUUCUGCUACGGAAUGACUGUUACUCUAAACGCUUACAACGUAGUCGCUGCUCGCUGCGCCGCUGAGUUUCUCGAAAUGUACGAAACCGUCGAAAAAGGAAACCUUGUUUACAAGAUUGAAGUUUUCUUGAAUUCGAGCAUACUCCAAACCUGGAAAGAUUCGAUCAUCGUGCUUCAGACCACGAGAGCUCUGUCUCCAUACGCUGAAGAACUGAAGCUAACCGGUCGUUGUCUUGACUCCAUCGCCUCUAGAGCUUCGAUCGACACUUCGAAAGUCGAGUGGUCUUACACUUACAACAAAAAGAAGAAUCUUGACAACGGAUUGAGAAAACCUCAGGCGGUUCCUGUAGAUUGGUGGGUCGAGGAUCUUUGUGAUCUUCAUAUCGAUUUGUAUAAACGAGCGAUCGCUACGAUCGAAGCAAGAGGGAAAGUUUCUGCUGAUGUUAUCGGAGAAGCAUUGCACGCUUACGCGGUUAGAAGGAUUCCGGGAUUCAGCAAAACCGGUUCGGUACAAAUCACUGACUUUGCGAAAUACAGAGCAUUGGUUGAUUCCAUCGUUGAGCUGAUUCCUGAUGAGAGACGCAGCGUUUCUUCGAGUUUCUUGACUAAGUUAUUGCGGGCUUCGAUCUUUCUUGGCUGUGAUGAAGAAACAGAGUUAAAAAACAGAGUAGGCGAGAGAUUAGACGAGGCGAGUUUGGGUGAUGUUAUGCUUUAUGAUGUUGAUUUGAUGCAGAGCUUAGUUGAGGUUUUCUUGAAAUCUCGGGACGCGAGGAAUCACUCUGAACAGGAUGAUUUAACAGCGAAAGCAUCGGUUGCGAAACUCGUUGAUGGUUACUUAGCUGAGAAAUCGAGAGAUUCGAGUAAUUUGCCUCUUCAUAAGUUCCUUGCACUUGCGGAAAUGGUCUCGAACUUUCCGAGACAGUCUCAUGAUGGAGUUUAUCGCGCGAUCGACAUGUUUCUCAAGGAACAUCCGGAGAUCAACAAGAGCGAGAAGAAGAGAAUCUGCAGGCUAAUGGACUGUAGAAAACUAUCGGUUGAAGCUUGUGCGCAUGCGGUUCAAAACGAGCGGUUACCGAUGCGUGUGGUGGUGCAAGUGCUCUUCUUUGAACAGGUAAGAGCCAACAACAACGGUUCAUCAUCAACGGGAAACAGCACGCCGGAGAUAAUUCCGGCUUCAAGAUCAACAAACACUGAAGAAGACACCGAGUGUUGGGACACAGAAGAUAUCAAAGCAUUGAGGGGUGAGUUAGCGAAUCUAAGACUCGCAAAGAAUCAACAACAAGAGAACAGUAAAGGGAAGUUGAUGAAAGGAGGAGGAUUGGGAGUUUCUAGAGUGUUCUCGAAGCUUUGGUCUGGUAAAGAGAGAAGUGCAGAGAUGAUGAGUAGCUCAGGGACUUCGAGUCCUGGUUCUGUUAAUGAUGACUCUAAGUCUUCUUCUUCUACUAGCAAGAAGCAUUAGCAGAAGCAAGAAGCAGAAAAGAUUUCAUCUUUUUUUUUUAGGUUGCUCAAAUGUUCAUCCCAUGACUAACUUUUUUUUCUCUUUGCCAAGAUCCAAUUUCUCAGAGUUACCAUUUUGUUGUCUUUUGAUUCCCUUUGGUGUCCUUCCUUAGUAGCUAUGGUGUUUAGAUGUUUUUUUUUUUUUGGCUUUGUUAUCACUUUAAAAUGGAAGUGUUAAAAACAAAGAAAUGGUUCUU